AUGGGGAACAUACUGACCUGUUGUGUGUACCCCAGGGCCAGCCCUGAGUUGGACCAGAACCAGGGGUCAGUGUGUCCCUGUGAGUCUGAGAUCUAUGAGGCAGCAGCUGGGGACAUGAUAGCAGGAGUGCCUGUGGCUGCUGCUGUAAAGCCUGGUGAGGUGACUUGUGAAGCUGGUGAGGGCCUCCAUGUACACCAUUUGUGUAAACAUACUCCACUUGAUUUACCUUUGGAGUCUAACCCUUCUGACCAUCCAGAGGCAAGCACAAUAUUCCUGAGAAAAUCUCAAACAGAUGUACAAGAAAAAAGAAAAAGCAACUAUACAGAGCGUGUAUCUACUGAGCAUUUUACUCAACAAUGCAGUUCAUGUUCGACAAUAUUCCUUGAUGACAGCACUGCCAGCCAGCCUCAUCUUACAAUGACACUAAAAAGUGUGACCUUGGUGAUAUAUUAUCAUAUCAAGCAAAGAGAUGCAGAUAGAUCUUUGGGCAUAUUUGAUGAACGGUUACACCCAUUUACAUGAGAAGACGUUUUGGAGGAAUAUUUUAAAUAUGAUCCUUAACACAAAUUGGUUUUCAGUUUUGUUUGUAUUCUGUUUAAAGCCAUAAGGCUAACAGCUGAAUUUGCAAUUGUAAGUUUGACCUAUGGAGGAAAGUCAACUUCAUGGCCAGGAAUGAAAAAAUACUUAUGUGAAUACUUCUUUAGCAACCAGCUGGAGUCUAGAGGAGAAGGCUCCUGCUGUGCACUUGGAAUGAAAGCCCUGAAAGGGCGCUGGACCAGAUACAGGCCUUCUCAAGGAGCUGCAAGUCAUUUGGAACUCUUAGCACAUGCUAGAGGGAAGCAGGAGUGGUGCUUCCAGAUAAACCUUGAGAUACAGAAUAGCCACAGAUCCCUGUGUCCCAUCCCAUCCCCAAUAGGAGUGUUGCAUGUGUUUAGAAAUUGGGCUGAUGAGUUAGAAGUUCCAGUGUUCCCCUCAGGCAGUCUGAGAAACAUUGCUGGAGCAUCACCCAGUGCUCACCACACUCAAGAGGUUCCCGGGGCACUCAUACAACCACAGCAGCACUUUGGGGGCCCCGAGUUACCUGUGAGAGUGAAUGAGUUGGAAAGGGAAUUCUUGAAGCUAAUUGAUUAUAAUAUCAGCGUUACUGGCAGUAUUUAUAGCAGAUUCUACUUCAAUCUUCGAACCUUGGCACAUGACAACAGCCUGUAUUCACUAGUUUAUCUUCUUGACAGAGAAAGAGCAUGGAAGCUGGAGGCUUUUUCAAGGAUGGAACAAGACAAAGUUUUCUAUAGUGCUGCCAAGAACAGGUCUUUGAGUACUGAUGAUUUAAUUCAUUUUCAGCGUGCUAAGGCCAUCCUCUUCUGA